CCCCUCACGGAGCAGGGAAGGGGGUGCGCGGGCACACCGUGCUUGGCCCGGGCGGUGGCAGAGGGUGAGCGCUCCCUGCGCACCGGGCCCCGCACCUUCCCAGUGCCCGCCCCGGCGGGGAGAGCUCCCUGUGCUCGUACACUUGCCUCCCGAGAGGUCCGUGAUUUCCCUUCCCGCUGCCCUGCUGCCAUAGGCCUGGUCCUUUCCCCUCUGCCCACGGGUGUGGGGUUGCUGACCCCAGACACCCUGCUCACGGGUCCGGCGGCCCCGGCCCCGGGCACACAACCGCGUGGGCACCACCACGAGCCUCCCCGCCGCGGAGCCGCCGGCAGCGCCCUAUAAACAGCUCGUGUGCGAAAGCCACAGCCGCUGCAGCGUGUCAUGGAGAAGCAGCGGGAGAGAGCAAAGCCUUGCCAAGGGACUGGGCCCGGGAAGCAUGAGAUGGGUCAGAGGAACCCAUGGCUGUAACUGGCCGCUGUGCUGUGUGUCGUCACAAACCGGAUCUUCGAGAAACUUGGAGCAGCUGAAACCUCCAGUUCCCCCAGCAGUUCUGUGGGAGGAGAGGAAUGAAGCAGAACAGAUACAGGUAAGAGUGUCUGGGCCACACAUGGAAUGUAUUUACUGCACAUCAGCCAAGCCCUGCGCAGAAUACAGUUCAUUUACUCCAGGGCAUUUCUUUAGUGUCCAUCACUGCAGCAGCCUACUGAUUUUGGACACAAAUGUUUUGUUAUCAUCACUGGAGGUUGUUUCUCAGGCACGAGGGACCUGCACCAUUUGUUUAUACAACAGGUUUGUCCAAAGCCAGUCUGCCCAAUGCAAAUCUCCACCAGUCUGCAGCAAGAGAAAGCAACAUUCUAAUGCAAGAACAUCCGCUUACAACACCAGAGCCUGGCAAACCACAUUCCAGCUCUGUCUACAGCACCCAAAUGCAUUUGAUCCACACAGCAAAUACAUGAACACCAUACUGGUGAUGGAAAAUAUCAAAGACCAAAGGGGAAAGGUGGUGAUGGGAGAAGUGGGAGCAUGGCUGCCAUGGGCAGGUGAAGCCCUGCAGCUGCAAUACACCUGUUUGUACAGGGAAAGCACUGCAAGCUGCCACCAUUCAUCCCCUGGGGAAAGGGGACAACACUGCACAUGGCAAGAAGCUCCUCCACAGCCAAGGGUGCUCCUGGAGCCACCUCAUAUGCAGUCACGUACACCCAACCCCUCAGAGCAUCAGGCACUCCCCCAGGCAGAGCUCCAUCCCAGAGGUGGCCACUGGCAGGAGGUGGGGGAGAUCUGGCAUGCACACAGCCCACAGGUUGCACCACUUGCCUGUGACUGAACAGGUACCAGAAAAUUCAUCAGCAAGAGGCUGGUACUUCCACGGCUGCAGCUGGAUGCCCUCAGAGCCGUAGGUCUGUGGCAGGUGGGAAGGUGGCUGCUCCAGGCCUGAGGACACUGAGCACAGCACACACAAUGCAGCCUCUGUUCACAGCAUAAGCAACAGAAUCGAAACCACUUCAUUUCAAGGGGGCAUUCAGGCCUGGAGCCACCACUGGCACAGGGACAGCUCUCCAAAGUGGCAGAAUGCUCCUAUUGAGGGAGCAAGUCUGGCCUGGCUCCUGUGGAUACAGCAGCGUGCAACAGCUCCAAGGAUCAGGGCCACUGCAUUUGUCCACCCACAGGCUGAAUUCCAAAGCUCUAUCUCAGAAAACUAAGCAGGAUAUAUGGGGGUUUUUUUCAGACAUAACAGGUUGCUUAAGAGCUAAAGCCUCUAUUUCAUUACUCCAUUGUAGCAGGAACACAGGUCUGAACCAUCAACCUUGUAGCUUUCCACAGCUGCAGUGGAAAUAAUUUCAGGUACUCUUGAAUGCAGCUGACCUGUGGGAGAGGCAGGUUGUUCACAAGGUUGCCAGAAUGCUGUUUCACUUGUGCAUGCAGCAGGCAAUCCAGCAACAAGGUGCAGUUCAGCUUUGAGAUGAUUAAACAGAUGAGAAACAUUAUCAGGCUUGAGGGAUUCAGUUUAACUGCAGUUCCAUAGAAACCAGCAGUAAAAAGGCUGUAUUUUUUUCCUCAUUACCCGGAAUGCAGAACUGAACUCAAGAGACUCUUCCCUUACCUCACAGAGGCUUCACAGGCUGAUUCUUUUCAUAUUAAGACAAAAGUAUACAAAAGGAUUUGAAACACCAGCAGUUUGCCAGGGGAUUAUGAUUAUUCCCAAAACCAAAAUUAGAAUGUUAUCCCUGUUUGUGUUGUGUGAGCCAGUUACUGCAUCUUCAGAGGGCACCACCUAACAUACAUUUUAUAUUCCCAUACACUUAACAGUAGCUCAUGCUGAUGAAUUGAAAGAUGCACUUUUAAGUAAAGGCUUAAAAAAAAAGUCUUCAGCUCUUUAAGAAUUGGAGCUUUUAAAGAAACCACAAAGCAAUCAGCUUUUGAAAGCUCUUCUGCCAUUCAGAGAAUGCCACGAAUCACACACACAUUAGCAGAUGUCAUGUGCAAAUCUCUGUUGCAACACCAGGAGGACAGACCUCAACCACUUUGGCAUCCAAAAAGUCAUCUCCAUUUUAAGCCUGCUGCUGACAACUCUCAACACUGUUAAUUACACCUUGCAGCUUAUAGUUGUGAGGGUGUUGCAGAAGAUACCACAGCAAUAAUACUGAACCUGUUUAAAAGUGUGAUAAAAUUUCGUGGAAACUUUCAGCUGCAGUAUUUGAGUCAACAGUUACACCUGAGGUAUCAGCUAAAGCACCAUUUAACUCCAGGUGCACAUUGUAAUGCCAGAAAAUAAGCAAAUUAAAUUAUUUAUUAAGUCAGGCAGGCAAAAGGCUUUGAAAUAAUAAUCAAACCUGUGACAGAAGUUGAGCUUGGCAAAGCUUUAAGAGACUUUGUGCUUAAUCUUUAAAGAUAGUGGAAGGCUGUCCAUCACCUUGUGUGUUUGUUGUGAGCCAUCUCAAUGCAAAAAGAACAAUACAGUUCUCAUUUCCACUAUCAAACCUAACACCUGCAGUGUCUGCAUUACAAGAAAAUUACCUGUCUCUGCUGAAGAAAGCACUAUGCAGGUCUCAUUGGAGAUUUGAGGUUCUCUCUUUUACCCUAAAGGGUUAUUACUACACAGCCACUCACUAUGAGCUGAUCAUUUUAUCACAUCAUCAUAACUGACACCAGGGCCAUCUUCAGAUCUUGGGUCCUCUAUAAAAAAAACACCACCACAACAAAACCCAUAAGACUAACAGCACCAAAGAGAAUGGAAAGAAAAUUAUAAUAUUGUUUCCCCUUAUCACACUAAAUUCAUUUGCAAGACCAUUUAGCUUACUGUUCUCACCUUCAUACUCCACAUACACAUUUUCUAGUGUAGCUAUAACAGGAACUGGAGUCUGUUUAAAAACCAAGUAGUUAAUUUUCAAAUUAUUUGGGACAGGUUUUCAGAUAAAAAACUUUUAAAAAUGCUUUAAAAAAGGAAUAUUUUUCACCAGAAUCUACCAGUAAUAUAUGCUAUUUUAAAAAAUUUGGAUAUGCUGCUAACAUCCUUCCUACCCCCCUGAACAGAAAGCUGUUGACCUAAACUUUAAUUCACAGUAUCGUUGCUUGGGAGUUUUACUAAAUGCAGUAAUGCUUCCUGUACGUUUCAGCAUAGAUCAGAACUUAGUUUCCUAGGUCACCUUAAAGAUAAAAUCUUCAAGUUUUCAAGCAGUAUUUGUGUGUUAAGAAUGCCUUUCUGCACACUGUUCUACUCUGAAGGGGUAUUUCCAGCUUACAGAAGAGCAGCAUGUUUUAUUCCUGGGCACAUCUGUUUCCUACUCUUAAACUACACACUUGAUCUGCACUAAAAGUGUUAUCAACUAAAUUUAUGAAGCACUUAAGCACACUAAGUAUCUAUGUAAAUCUCUGCUCAGCCCUUUAACAGAAAAGGGUAGGGAAAGAACAUAGUGUGAAAAAUAAUGAAGGAUCUGAGUGUCAAAGUAACUCUGGUAAUCUCAAAUGUCAUAGCCUUACCUAAAAGAAGAACUGGCACUUUCUCAUUUGUGACAUUAAAAGAAGGCAAGAUGAAUUUUACAAGUUUUAU